AACAACAUUCCACUAGGUCAGGAACAGACGGAUAACCCAGGCCAAUUAAGAACCAGAAAAUCUCUAAGAGGGCCAAUACCCAGAACAGGGGGGGCUGGGAGCUGCAGCCCAACUCCCUGCAAGCCUCACAGUCGAAAACCUUCCUAAAACAACCCCUUGGCUGCCUUGGAGCAUAAUUUAAUCUUCCUUUGAUGACUCCGGAUCUUGCCCUGCCUCAGGCCACUGGGAGAACAUCAAUAACUGCUGCGCCCAGGUGAACAUCAGAGUCAAGGAACCCUGGACCCUGGACUAUCAGGGCUCAGGCCAGACCCCUUCCCAGACACUCUAUUAGCAGCUGCCGGACCCUAGGACAGAGCAGGGACCUCGUCUCCAUCUACCUCCAGCUCCUCCAAAGCCAGACCCAGCCACCAGUUCUGGCUCGUCUUGCCUGGAACCAUGACCUUCCCCGAGAUUCUGGACCGUGUGGGCAGCAUGGGCCCCUUCCAGUACCUGCAUGUGACCUUGCUCGCCCUCCCAAUCCUCGGCAUGGCCAACCACAACCUGCUGCAGAUCUUCACAGCCACCACCCCUGCCCACCACUGUCGCCCGCCUCCCAACACCUCUGCAGGGCCCUGGGUACUCCCCAUGGGCCCGAAUGGGGAGCCUGAGAAGUGCCUCCGUUUCGUACAUCUGCCAAACACCAGCCUGCCCAAUGAUACCCAGGGGGCCACCGAGCCGUGCCUGGACGGCUGGGUCUACAACACCACCAGGGACACCAUUGUGACAGAGUGGAACCUGGUGUGCAGCUCCGGGAAACUGAAGGAGAUGGCCCAGUCUAUCUUCAUGGCAGGCAUCCUGAUUGGAGGGCUCGUGCUUGGAGAACUGUCUGACAGGUUUGGCCGGAAGCCGAUCCUGACGUGCAGCUACCUACUGCUGGCAGCCAGCGGCUCAGGCACAGCCUUCAGCCCCACCCUCCCCUUCUACAUAGUCUUCCGCUUCCUGACGGGCUUCAGCAUCUCAGGCAUUGUCCUGAGCACGGUCAUCUUGAACGUGGAAUGGGUGCCCACCUGGAUGCGGGCCAUCUCGUCGACAGCAUUUGGGUACUGCUACACCACUGGCCAGUUCAUUCUGUCCGGCCUGGCCUAUGCCAUCCCCCAGUGGCGCUGGCUACAGUUAACAGUGUCUGUUCCCUACUUCAUCUUCUCCCUGUUGUCCUGGUGGAUACCAGAGUCUAUACGCUGGAUGGUCCUAAAUGGAAGGUUCUCCAAGGCCCUGAAGACACUCCAACACGUGGCUGCCUUCAAUGGCAAGAAGGAGGAGGGGGAAAAGCUCAGCUUGGAGGAGCUGAAGUUCAACCUGCAGAAGGACAUCUCCUUGGCCAAGAUCAAGUAUGGCACAACUGACCUGUUUCGGAUACCCAUCCUACGCCAUAUGACCCUCUGUCUUUCCCUGGCCUGGUUUUCCACUGGUUUUGCCUACUACAGCUUGGCUAUGGGGGUGGAAGAAUUUGGUGUCAAUCUCUACAUCCUCCAGAUCAUCUUUGGCGGGGUCGACAUUCCAGCCAAGUUCAUCACCAUCCUCUCCAUAAGUUAUCUGGGCCGGCACAUCACUCAGGCCUUUGUGCUGCUCCUGGCAGGAGGGGCUAUCUUGGCUCUCAUCUUUGUGCCUUCAGACAUGCAGAUCCUGAGGACAGCGCUGGCUGUGUUUGGAAAGGGAUGCCUGUCUGGCUCCUUCAGCUGCCUCUUCCUCUACACGAGUGAACUCUACCCCACAGUUGUCCGGCAAACAGGUAUGGGCAUUAAUAACCUGUGGGCCCGCGUGGGAAGCAUGCUAGCCCCACUGGUGAAAAUCACGGGUGAGGUGAAGCCCUUCAUCCCCAAUGUCAUCUACGGGACCAUGGCCAUACUGGGAGGCAGUGCUGCCUUCUUCCUGCCUGAGACUCUCAAUCGGCCCCUGCCAGAGACCAUCGAAGAUGUGCAAAACUGGCGCCAUCAAGGAAAGGCGAGAAAGCAGGAGCCAGAAGCAGAAAAGGCAUCCCAGAGGAUCCCUCUGAAGCCUUGUGAAUCAGGCCAGGACCCCAGCUGAGGACAGGGGACCCCCCUUUCCCAGUCCUCCAGAGACUGAUCCCAGCCAGGAUCCUGCCUGCCUCUGGGCUCCAUGGGUACCCUGGAGGUUGGGGGGAGGGCCAGGACGGGUCCAUGCUCCCAGGAAAAAGCCCUCGGAGAAGCCAGUGAAGGCAUCUCCACCACCACCUCCUUCACAGAGUCCCCAUCCCAUCCCUGGCCAGUCCCAAGUCCAGGCCACACCCCUGCACUCAUCCUCCCUGCCAUUCUUCUGUCUAUCCUUUUUCUACUGUGUCCCAGCCUUCCCCUGGUGUCCCAGCCUUGCUCUCCUGAGAUCCCCUGAAUCAGUCCUAAUAGUUUCUCCUUCUUGUCCCCAAUUCUUUUAUUCAAUGGGAAAUUUCAAUAAACAGCAGUAAAGAAUUUAAACCAUGCCGCUCAGAAAUGGAGGUAAGGAAGGAGACCCGUACCAUGUGAAUAUGAGAGCACACACAUCUGUCCAUCUGUGCAUGAAUGUACAUACAGAUAUGGACACCUGGUUAUAUGCAAGUUGGGUAGAUGUGAACAUGUGCAUAUGUCCUAGUCUGUGCUGUUAUGACAGACUGCCAGAGGCUGGGUACUUUAUAACAAUAUAAGUUUAUUGUUUACAGUUCUGAAGGCUGGGAAAUCCAAGAUCAAUGCACCAAUAUUCAAUGUCUAGUGAGGCCCUUCUUGCUUCUUCCCCAUGUGUCAGAAUAAUGCAAGGGCAGAAAUCCAAAUCUGGGAACAGAGCUAUGUCUGUCAGCUUUCCGUCACUAUGAGCAAAUACUUGAGAUGAAAGCUUAAAAGGAAGAAAAAUUUAUUUUGGCUCAUAGUUCAGAGGUUUCAGUCCAUAGUCACUUGGCCCCCUUGCUUUGGGGCCAAGGCAGAACAUCACGGCUGGAAACACGUGGUGGAACACAGCUCACCUCAUGGACACCAGGAAGCAGAGAGAGAGGAAGGGGACUCAGGGGCACACCCCCCAACCCAACUUCUUUCUACUAGGCUCCACCUCCUAAAAGUGCCGCCACCUACCAAUAGUGCCAUUUGCUACAUCCAAGCCUUCAGCACAUGAGUCCUUGGGGGACAUUUACCAUCUAAACCAUAACAGGAUUCCUAUGACUUCAUCACUUCCCAAAAUGUCCUGCCUCUUAAUACCACCACAACAGGGAUGAAGUUUCAACAUGAGUUUGGGGGACAUUCAGACCGUAUCAGCAUGAUUGUGCAAGUGCUUUGAGGUAUGUGCCCAUCUGACCUGUGCUUGGAAACAGUGUGUGUCUCUACAUGUUCCUCGCACACGUGGGAACAGAUGAUCAAACAAGCCCAGAGUGGCUGCAAACAGAAGCUGGGGCCCUUACAGUCUUGACUCUCCUCCCCUGUGUGUCUCAAUAUCUGAUCCAUGACCCAACCACAGGCCCAGUGCUAUCAGUUUUAUCUCCUAUUUAACUGAGACCGCCGCAGCCGUGGCAGAAUGCUGUCUAUUUCUGCCGCACUGUUCCCUGGUUCUCUCUAGUCACAGCAAAAGGCCUCAGGCUUCUUCCACCUUAACAAAAUCCAAAAGCCUCCCUGGAAGCCAGAACUCCUUCCAGGGGCCACACUGUCUCUUUCUUCUCUCUAAAGCCACACCUCAUAAGGGAGAGGCUGGGUACUUUGUAACAAUAUAAGUUAUACAUUGCCUCCUCCACAUCUCCUUUCUAACUACAUUCACCUCCCCAUACACUCCAGCUCCCACCCCCUUCUUCUCUGACACUGCUUUCAUUAGGGACACUCAUCAUCUCCCUGUGCUGCAUCCACACCUCACUGCGUGUUCACAGCUCCCUCCCAUGAACUGGCUGCUCCUUCUUAUGCUCUUCAAAGUUUCUGAUAAAUGAGAGUCACUUGGUCACUUUGUCUGUCCUGCCCCUACUCCUUCUUCAGAGGUCUGCUAGUCAAACAGUUUCAUGACCUUCUACUUCUUGUUGUGACUAACUAGACCAGAAGGCACUCUAGAUCCAAAUCUCAUUGAUCACAUGCUCCCUCUUGGUCUGAGAUCUGAAGUAGAAUGUAUUAGUCUGUUUCCUGUUGCUGCAACAAAAUUCCCAAGGCUGGAUACUUCAUAAAGAAAAGAGCCCUAUUUAUCUCACAGCUAUGAAAGCUGAAAGUCUCAGAUGAGGUAGCCAAAUCCAUUUAGCCUCUGGUAAGGACCCCAAGGCAGAUGACAACACAAUAGUGGGAACACAUGUAGAUGAGAUCUCUUGAUAAGACAGAAAACCAGAGAUUCAGGGGCCAGAGUUGUUGUUUUUAUAAAAACCAGCUUCUGUAGGAACUGGGGUCCUGUAAAAACUAUAUUAAUUCCUUUGGAAGGCAACACCCCAGUGACCACCAGUCUCUUAAAGGUUUCAUCACCUCCAAACACCAGUAAGGACCAGUCUUCCAACACAUGCAACUUUGGGGGAAAAAAUCACAUCCAAACCAUAGCAGAGGGUUCCAUCCAUCUCUUGGUGCUCGCUUUGGGAAGGCAGGUUAGCAUAAAUUUGGGCUGGCUCAGAGCACAUAAAGACAGUAGCAAAAAGAGCAGAACAGAGAUGCACAGAGAAAAAGAGGCUCCAUGGACCCAGACAUUAAAAAAAAAAUGACAAGACUAUUUAUAAUGGUUUUUACUGAAUUCCAAAUCCCUGUUCCCUAUCAGCCCUGGAUGCACUAUCUUUCACUGAUUUCUGUUAAGAAGCCUUGAAUUCUCCAAAUAAAUUUCUCUUCUUGUUUAAGCUGAA